AUGGCCAGCAAACUGAUGGACCUGGUCUACUGGAAGAGCAUCAGUACAACUGGUGUGGUGUUCACAGGCAUGGUGGUGUGUCUGACAACUCUGUUCCAGCUCAGUGCCAUCACUGUGCUCGCUCACAUCUUUAUGGGUGUCAUGUGCGUCACCUUCCCCCUUCGCCUGUACUAUAAGCUGCUGGAGCUGCUGCGAUGCAACCCCGGACUUCACCCUUUCCAGGCCUACCUGGACCACGACAGCUCUCUGACAGACAAGGAGACAGUAAUGUUGGUAGAAGAGUUGGUGCUGCUGAUUGCGUUUGCCUUCACAGAGCUCAAACGUCUUAUUUUUAUUGACAACGUGUUCGACUCGCUCAAGUUUGUUUUACUGCUGUACAUGCUGGCCUACGUUGGCGUCUUCACCACAGGACUGACUCUGAUCAUAACUGCUGUGAUUGCUGUUUUUUCCUUCCCUCUUCUCUACAAAAAACAGCAGGUGAGGAUAAGAAGGAUUGUAAGAAUUUACAAAGCUUUUGAGAAGAAAAUCAGAAACUGGUGUCUCAGUGUGUACGAGGCAGUGAGAUCCUCUCGUCCAGCAGCUGCUGCCUCGAAAGCUCCAGCUGUGAAAGUGAAAGCCAAGUAA